UUUUCGGACUUCCUUGCUAUACACGUACCGAGUGCAAAAAAAAAAAAAAAAAAAAAAAAAAUGGAGGCAAAUGACUAACAGGAUGUAUCGCUUAUUCUGGAACCAAUGAACAUUAUGGGAUUUAGUUUUAAACACUGUAUGGGGAAUUGGGAACUGAUCAAUCUCUAAUUUUAUUUGUAGAGGACUGGGUUUCCACAGUUGAAAAAUGGCUGUUUUUUGUUUAUCAAGUCAAUCUAAAUUCAGUUUUGAACUGUUGUUUGUCAUCGUAAUCUUGCUGUUAGCAGUUUCUGGAAUUGUAACCCAAACUACAGUUGUUGGCGUACCUGGAGAAACAACAACAUUGCAGUGUACAUAUACAGCAUCAGGAACAUUAGCUGUUGUUGGCUGGUACAAAGGCUCUGAGAAUAUUUUUGAACUAUAUCCUGAUGGUGCACAAUAUAGCUUUGGCCCUGAUAAGGCCAGACUAUCUGGAACAUUGUCAGAAAGUACCAAAACUACCACACUAAAUAUCCAGCAAACACAAUGUCCAGGAGAUGAGGGAGAGUAUAGGUGUAGAGUGAAUGUGAGAGGAGCUCCAAAAGAAACCUAUUCACAAGAGCUGGUGAUAAAAGUUGAGCCCAGUGAAAACCCUGUGUUGACCACCCAACAAUUAAAUGACCGGGGGUCAACAAAGUUUAUGUGCUCUGGUCAGCUAGGACGUCCAGCCAAGGGGAUAACGUGGUACCGGACUCUGAACGGUCAGCAACAAAAUAGGACCUCAGAGGCACAGUCAAGUAACCCUGACCUGAAUAGCAACGGUUGCACAUAUAAUGGACAGAGUGAGCUACGAGUAGAUGUCUCGGCCUCUGAUGACGGUGCACAGUUUACAUGUAUGAUUGGACAGAAGUCGGCCAGUGUGUCACUGACUGCUGCCAGCAACCCUGAGAUCACCUAUACCACCACAGGUGCCCUCCCCAUCAUAGACUCAGCAAUGGGCAGUGUUGAGUUUGUCAAAGGUUCAGCCAUCACUCUCAUUUGCUCAGCCACUGGUGACCCUCAACCUAACUUCAAGUGGUUUUAUCGAGAAGAGCUAUCCAACACCAGAGAAGCACGAAGCGGAAAUCGUGAUAACUCCUCUGUUCUUAACCUGAAUAACAUUCAGAAACCUGGAUACUAUGAGUGUCAGGCCAGUAACAUUUUGAACCAGUUGAACAAUCCACCAAGCAAGGUCUUGAGAAUUACACAGUCAGAGCCAGCUACUGGGGCCACAGUGGGGGGUCUAUCAGGGGAGGCCAUAGGGGGGAUAAUAGGGGCCAUCCUGGGGGUCACUGUGAUUAUUGUCUUGGCUUAUGUCACCUACGCCUACUGCAUCAAGAAGAAACGAGAAACAAGAGGAGAAGAAAAAGUGUCACAGGAAAACAAUGCAGAGGAUGAAGUUGAAGAGCUUCAGACUUUUGUGAGUGGAGAGCUAAGGAGUAAUGAAGAGACAUACAAAAGGCCUGUCAACAGAAACCUCAGUGCAGAACAGCAAGUGCUAAGGAGUAAAGAAGAGCCAUAUGAAUGGCCUGUCAACACCAACUUCAUUACAGAACAUCAAGUGUUUAAUCCAAUGGAGGAGCCCCAGUAUGCAGAGAUUCAGGAGAGAGAUGUGGAGAUAAGAAGACAGAAUAUCAAGUUGAUGGAAAAGAUAGGAAGCGGGGCUUUUGGUCAGGUCUUUAGGGGCAACAUUUUCAACCUUGAUGGAAAACAGAAUUGGAGCAUUGCUGCAGUUAAAACUGCAAAGGAUACAAGUGACAUAUCCCUCUACAGUGAGAUGAUGAAAGAACUGAAAGUGAUGCUGGAACUCCAAUCUCACCCAAACGUGGUCGAGCUUUUAGGAUCCUGCACUCGAGAUGAUGCUGUGCCACUAAUUAUUGUUGAGUACCUUCCAAACGGAAAUCUCCAGGACUACCUACGAAAUGACCGUUCAAAACAGAAAGUGCUGUAUGGUAAUUUACAUGGGAUCAGCUCCUCCUUGACACCACGUGAUCUGAUGAAGUUUGCAUCAGAUGUGGCCAAUGGAAUGUCAUAUCUUUCAUCAAUGGCGAUUCUUCACCGAGACCUUGCUGCACGAAACAUUUUGGUAGCAGAGGAUAGAACCUGCAAGAUUUCUGACUUUGGCUUUGCUAAGGACGUCAUUGAAAGUCACACUUACAUAAAACAAUCGCAGAGUCGCUUGCCAAUCCGCUGGAUGUCCCCAGAAGCUCUGUUUGACAAUAUAUAUUCCACGCAGUCUGAUGUCUGGGCCUAUGGAGUCUUGCUCUGGGAGAUUGUCACACUGGGUUCCAGUCCCUAUCCUGGUAUGUCAGCCAAGCAGGUGAUGGAAGCUGUAACUGAGGGAUACCGGAUGCCCCAACCACCACACUGUUCACUGGGCAUGUACAUCAUCAUGUUGUCCUGCUGGGAAGAAGUCCCAAGUUCAAGGUCAACAUUCAAAGACAUUGUUAACUCCUUGGAUGUCCUCCUGGCCUCGGAGAGUGAUGUUCUUACUCUGGGGAAGUUUGAGGAGAAACUGUACGAGGACAUUGACAAGUACAAUGUGGAAGAAAAAUGUUGAAGAAUAUUUCAAAUACAUGUGGUAUCACUUCGGCAUUAGUAUACAUUGCAGCUUUGGCCAGUAUUUGUUUGUGUUUAACGAAAUAGGCAUAGUGAAUAUAUACAUGCAUUUAAAGCAUAAUAUCCAGUCUGCCAAAACAGGUUUGAAAUGUCCACAUGGGGACAGGAUCUAGUAGCGGUGCCAUUUGUGACAUGUACAGAAACCAAAUGCACUGUAUAUGGCUUAUGCUAUAGAAAGGUUUUAAGUGACAAAUAGAGCAUUCGGAACCGGGAACUAACAGAUCUGCAGACCGCAAAUCAAAUAUUGAUGACCCAAUUAGAAUACUUGUUGAGUGAUCCCCGCAGGGAAUGUAUUCAGUGUCUAAUCAGGAAUUAAGCGGCAAGUUUGAAGUUGGUGGCUACAUUUGAUCCAGGAUUCUGUAACUACUACACUGUUCUGAAUACCCUCAUAAAAAACAGUUUGACUCUGUAAAAGUUCUUUGGUACUUAAUAAUAAUAUAUAUAUAUAUAUAUAUCAGGAUAAUUCCCUAAGAAGGGCUGGUUUAUUCACUGACAAUGGGAGUCAGCUCAAACUGACCCAAAGAAACCCCCUUGAUGUCAUUAUUGAGAAAAUGCAAUAUAUAU